UUAUCUUAAACAGUCAUGUUAACGAAAAUACUUACGAAAAAAUCAUUAUAUUUACUUUUUAUUUGUGUAUUUUUAAUUAUUUUCCUAUUCCUUUUUGUUUCUUCUUUAGAAACAAACAAUAAAAUAUGUAAGGGAAACGAAUGUUAUCCAAAAGAGUUUGUCGCAACAGAGGAAUUUCAAGAAGUACGUGAGGGACAAGAAAUACCUCCAGGUUUGCAUGUUAAAAUAGACUUUAGUACUGGAAAGAAAUACGCAAAAAUACUUGAUCCAAAUGAUCAUGAAUCUUCAGAAGUAAUAGUUAUUGAUGAAAAUGGGGAUCCAAUAAAUCAAGAAGAGAUUAAUCAUGAUAAUGAAUUAGACAAAGAUUCCGAUUUAAGAUUUCAUCAAGAUUCUAAAGUCGAUAAUUUUUCACUUCCAAUUAUUACAUCGAGACAUAAAGAAAAUCUUCGUAUUCCAAACUCAGAUCAUGCUCAAUUUGAAAUUUAUAUUUCACAAUUACAAAAUAAUUCGUCUAUACAAGGUUUAAUUUCGGCUUUAGAUGGAUUAGAAGAACUAGUUCAUGAAUUAGAUUUUGGAAUUAAAUUUGCCAAAGAUCAAGGUAUAAAAUCUAUACUUGAACUUUUAGAUCAUGAAUCUUCUCAAAUAAAGGAAAGAGCAGCAAUUGUUAUUGGGACCGCAAUGCAGAACAAUCCUAUAGCACAAGACGAUGUAAAACAUUUGAGAAUUGUAACUCGACUUUUAGAUAAUUUAUCAACCGAAACUGAUACAAAAGUAUCAAUUCGGCUUAUAUAUGCGUUAUCGAGUAUGGUGCGCGGAAACCAAAAUGCGAUUCAAUCCAUCAAGGAUAAUAAUGGAUUGCAACGGCUUUCAGAUUUAUACGAAAAUAAAUUAGAUAAUGAAUUUCGUGCAAAGUGUGCUUUAUUCGUAACGGAUUUUAUAGAUCCAAAUAUGAUAAAAGUAGGGCAAAAUACUGGCUUUUUUGAACAAGAUCAAAAUUAUGACGCAAUCGAUCAAAUUGCAGAUAUUAUAGGAGUAUGGUGUAAACAAUUUCAAGACACUUUAUUUGAUGAUAAAGGAAACUCGAAUGAAGUCGACUUUGAUUCAAAAGAAAAAAUACUCAAAGGAAUUUCAAUGAUAAAAAGUCAAUAUUCUAGUUCAUGUCCGCCACAAAAUGGAUUUAAUGAUUGGCUAAUUAAAGAAGGAAUUGAAUCAAAGGGAGAAGAUUAUUUAGAAGAUUAUUUUAAAUUAAUUAAUCAAGUUAGAAUUCAAUUUGGAUUUGAUUCAUCUUAAACAUUUUUUUUUUAAUCUUGCAUAUUACUUAAAUUUAUA